AGGCGGCCGGCAGCCCAGCUGUUUUGAAAAAUGCUUCCUGUUUCUUUAAAGGCGCUGGUGGCUCGGGCGGCCGGGGCUGGGGAGGCGGCGGCGGCGGGAGCUGCCUCCUCUCCGGGCGGCGGCGCUGACUGAUCUCGCGAACUGGGCUUCUGUGUAAACUGAGGCUAAACAAACACAGAUGGAGCGCAGCGGGCGUUCUCCAGAAAUGCUGGCAAGGCGGCAGCGACUUCAGAUGACACUCUGAGCGCUCCGGGAACGGACAGCCCGGCGGCUUCGCGGAGCCGGCGGCGCAGCUGCCCCGGGCGAGGGGGAGAGAGGGAGGGAGGAGGGCGGGCGCGAGAAGGGGGAGAGCCCGAGACUCCCAGGCGCUCAGCGCGGCGGCGGCCCGGGCAGAGCCGGCGCGCAGCGUGCAGAGCGAGCGCGGCGGGCGCGCGGCCCGGGCAGCCCCACGCCCCUGACUCUCGCGCUGCCCGCGCCAUGAAGCACAUCCCGGUUCUCGAGGACGGGCCGUGGAAGACCGUGUGCGUGAAGGAGCUGAACGGCCUCAAGAAGCUCAAGCGGAAAGGCAAGGAGCCGGCGCGGCGCGCGAACGGCUAUAAAACUUUCCGAUUGGACUUGGAAGCGCCCGAGCACGGCGCCACCGCCACCAACGGGCUGCGCGACAGGACCCAGAGGCUGCAGCCGGUCGCGGCCCCGGUGCCAGCCCCGGCGGCGCCGGCGGUUCCCUCAGGUGGGGGUGCGGACCCAGCCGGGGAGCGCCGGGGCGCCCGAGCGUCGGAGGUCUCGGACGCGCGGAAACGCGGCUUCGCCUUGGGCGCAGUGGGGCCGGGACUCCCCACGCCGCCGCCGCCGCCACCGCCACCGCCGCCGGUUCCAGCGUCCCAGGGCCAAGUACCUGGGGGUCCCGAGGCGCAGCCUUUCCGGGAACCCGGCCUGCGUCCCCGCAUCUUGCUGUGCGCACCGCCUGCACGCCCCACGCCGUCGGCGCCCCCUGCGCCCCCGGAGUCUUCAGUGCGCCCGGCGCCCCCCACGCGCCCCGGGGAAAGUUCUUACUCGUCAAUUUCACACGUAAUUUACAAUAACCACCCGGAUUCCUCCGCGUCGCCUAGGAAACGGCCGGGCGAAGCUACCACCGCCGCUUCGGAGAUCAAAGCCCUGCAGCAGACCCGGAGGCUCCUAGCGAACGCCAGGGAGCGGACGCGGGUGCACACGAUCAGCGCAGCCUUCGAGGCGCUCAGGAAGCAGGUGCCGUGUUACUCAUAUGGGCAGAAGCUGUCCAAACUGGCCAUCCUGAGGAUUGCCUGUAACUACAUCCUGUCCCUGGCGCGGCUGGCUGACCUUGACUACAGUGCCGACCACAGCAACCUCAGCUUCUCCGAGUGUGUGCAGCGCUGCACCCGCACCCUGCAGGCCGAGGGACGUGCCAAGAAGCGUAAGGAGUGACUGGCCCCGGUCUAGACCAAGGAUGCUUCCGUGGGCCCUCGUUCUGGUCAAGCCCGAGGAGAAGGUGAGCUCUCCAAGUCCAGCCUUGUCUUCUCCAGGAUUCCACCAGAUGCUCAGACCACUGCCUCUCAGGGUGGGGCAGGGGCACACCUGCCUCCCUCUUGCCCUCCUGUCCCCCCUCAGCCACUCUGGUGACUCUGCACUUUGCCCUCGGCCUGGUGGGGAGGGGAGAACAAAGCCUCCCCCUUGCCCAGGGCCUGAGGCCCUGUCUGGCUGCAGAAAUUCGUUGCCAAAGAUUCCACAGAGACACUGAAGAAAUGGUGGUGACAAAACCCCACGGCAAAAAGCCACCCCAUUGCUCUAGGACUUUUGCUCCUCCUGUUGCCCGAGUUCCAUCUCAAGCCAAAGACGAGUCAGCGAUCCCACAGGAAACUCAUGGAAGGGAUGGACAUUUGGUGACCAUUGGAAGCACUCAACCCUCUGACCUGGCACUCUCUUUCUACGCUGGGUCCUGAGCUGGCUGGGUACAAGAUAAGCCUUCUGGGGGCUGUGAGAGGGGCUGGGGGUGCUUAUAUGGAGUGGGAUGUGAUAUCCUGGCCCUCUUCUCUCCUUCCCACUGGCUGCCUAGGCCUCUGACCCUGAUUGUCAGUGUUCUGGUCCAGGCUUCUUGGGCCCUGAGCAUCAUGCAAGGGAGUAAGGGGGAAAAGAAACCAAUUUGACCACUCCGUACCCCACCUCAGGGUCUUGUCUCCCAAGGUGACCAGCCUAAAGGGUCUUUGCUCCCCAGCCAGCCCAUCCAGCCACUCCUUGCCCAUGGCCCACCCUCCUGGCUGGGACAACAAGAUGGUGCCCUGCAUGAAGGCCAGUGGUCUGUUCCUGGUUAUGCAGGGGGUGGGCAGAGGGAAGGAAGGGACCAGGGAAAUGGGCCAGUAAGGUGGCGAGGGGCAUGUUCAAAGCCAAGGCCUAUUCCUUCCUUGUGCUCAAAAGGCCAAAGCUGUUCACAUCUGUGCUCAACCAUCUGCUUCAAAUUGAAGUAAAAGCCCAAACAUGUAAAGAAAACA